AUGUUCCCCUUCUUCACCGCGCUCGCCGACAUCUACUCGAGGGUGAUGCGGCCCGACGAGGGCGUGGCUGCCCUCAUGAGGGAGCUCAAGGAGGGGACCAAGGACCUCACCACCGUGCUGGAGCGCUGCCUCAACCGGCUCGAGUGGGAUCGGUCGCAGGAGCAGGCCAAGCAGCAGGCGGAGGAUGAGGUCGAGAUGGAGAGGAUGCAGAUGUCCAUGAUUGAUUGGCAUGAUUUCGUCGUUGUCGAGACUAUUGAGUUUGCAGAUGAUGAGUUCGAGGGCCUCCCUGUGCCGCCUACGCUGGAAGAGCUGAAGCGCCGCAAGAGGAUGGAGACCUUGGGAGAGGAGGAACCCAUGGAAUUGGCUGAACCAGCCAAGGAUGUUGAGAUGGACAUGGAUGAGGAGGAGAUGCAGCUUGUCGAGGAAGGAAUGAAGGCAGCAAGGCUCGAUGAGAACGAUGGAGGAGCACAGGUUAAGGUGGCCGGUAAUGAUGAUGAGCCGCCUAUGAGAAUUGUCAAAAACUACAAGAGGCCCGAGGAGAGGAUCCCUGCGGAGAGGGACCCGACCAAGGUUGUUGUCUCACCAAUAACCGGGGAGCUCAUUCCGAUCAGCGAGAUGGAGGAACACAUGCGCAUCUCGCUCAUUGACCCCAAGUACAAGGAACAGAAAGAAAGAAUGCUGGCCAAGAUUAAGGAAACCACGCUUGCUCCUGAUGAUGAGAUCUCCCGUAACAUUAUUGGUCUUGCACGUACCAGGCCAGAUAUUUUUGGAACCACCGAGGAAGAGGUUUCUAAUGCCGUCAAGGCAGAAAUUGAAAAGAAAAAGGAUGAGCAGCCAAAUCAGGUUAUUUGGGAUGGUCAUUCUGGGAGCAUCGGUUGGACAGCCACUCAGGCAAUGUCUGUUGGUGGAGAAGAACAGGGUGAUGCCUCAAAUGCUCCUGGUCCAGCUCCACUUCCUCGGCCUGGCAUGCCGUUGCCCCGGCCUCCCCAACCACUUUCCUUGGUCAAUGUUCCCCGAUUUACACCCAAUCCAAUGCCUUAUCAUGUCCAACCCCCUCAUCAUAUGCAAGGAGUUCCACCACAUAUGAUGCCCAACAUGCACCAACCUCUGCCACCAGGUCAACAACACAUGAUUAGGAUGUCAGGUCCCAUGGGUCAUAUGCCAAGUAAUAUCCCUCCACCGCCUCCAGGCCAUAAUACUCAGUUCAUGCCUGGUCCACCACGGUUCGCUAUGCCCCCUCCCCCGCACAUGCAGAACAUGCCAGCCAUGGUCAACCCCAUCGGAAUCCCCCAGCCUCCACCACCUUUGCCUCCACAACCACCUGCCGAGGAGCAGCCACCUCUACCUGAGGAACCAGAACCUAAGAGGCAGAGAACAGAUGAUGCUUCUCUGAUCCCAGCUGAGCAGUUCCUCGCUCAGCAUCCGGGCCCUGCUCGCAUCUCAGUUUCUGUGCCCAACCUUGAUGAAGGAAACUUGCGAGGCCAAGUUUUGGAGAUCUCUGUCCAAUCACUCUCAGACACAGUUGGCAGUCUGAAGGAGCAAAUUGCUGGAGAGCUGCAGCUUCCUGCUAACAAGCAGAAGCUGAGUGUGAGGACUAGUUUCCUCAAGGACAAUCUUUCUCUUGCUUAUUACAAUGUUGGCCCUGGGGUGGUCAUCAAUCUAGCUCUGAGGGAGCGUGGUGGGAGAAAGAAAUGA